AUGCUGCGCACAGUCACCGGUGCGACGCUCGUGCAGCUCGGGUGCGGCGUCGUCAAUGGCUUCAUCAGCGUCCUCGCGAACCUCGACACGGCCUUCUACGGUAACCCGCUCGACGGACGCACCUUGCAUGCCUACUACGUGGCCAUGGGCGUCUUUGCGCUCGGCGUCCUCCUCGUCGGCGUCGCCUACUCCAAGCUCUCACCAUCGCGCUGGGUCGGGCUCGGCGCCGCCUUGGUCGCGUUAGGCUACGGCCUCACGGCCAUUGGUGUCCACACCACGUCGGCAGCGCUG